ACAGAUUUUUCGUUUUCCAUUCCACAAGAGACAAAAUCAUCAGUUUUGGAGCUUCAUUUCGUUUUAUUUCCCCUCCAAAGUAUCCAAUAUACAAACCCACACCAGAAAAUUCAGAACUUGAAGGCAAACGUGAGUAUGAAUGCCGCGAAAUCUCGGACCCGCGUGGGAAAAUACGAGCUGGGCAAAACCAUUGGCGAGGGUAGCUUCGCCAAGGUGAAGUUUGCGAGAAACGUUGAGACAGGGAAUCACGUCGCCAUCAAAAUCCUUGACCGCAAUCAUGUGCUUCGACACAAGAUGGUGGAACAGCUGAAGAGAGAAAUAUCCACGAUGAAGCUGAUCAAACAUCCAAAUGUUGUUAACAUAUUUGAGGUGAUGGCAAGCAAAACAAAGAUUUACAUUGUCCUGGAAUUUGUUAGUGGGGGAGAACUAUUUGACAAAAUAGCUAAUGAUGGGAGACUUAAGGAGAAUGAAGCAAGGCAAUAUUUUCCAACAACUUUUAAUGCUGUUGAUUACUGCCAUAGUAGAGGCGUCUUUCACAGAGACUUGAAGCCUGAGAAUCUUCUUCUGGAUUCAAACGGUAUUCUUAAAGUUUCAGAUUUUGGACUGAGUACAUACUCUCAGCGAGAUGAUGCGCUGCUGCGCACUGCCUGUGGAACCCCUAACUAUGUUGCUCCUGAGGUGCUUAAUGCUAAAGGCUAUGAUGGUUCAGCGGCUGAUAUUUGGUCAUGUGGUGUCAUUCUCUUUGUUCUGAUGGCUGGAUACUUACCUUUUGAUGAGCCAAAUCAAAUGGCUUUGUAUAAGAAAAUUAGCAAUGCUGAAUUCUCAUACCCAUCAUGGUUUCCGCCGGAUGCAAAGAAACUACUGAGUCGUAUUCUUGAUCCAAACCCUCUCACAAGGAUAAAAAUUCCAGAACUCUUGGAAGAUAAAUGGUUCAAGGAAGGAUACAAACCACCAUGUUUUGAAGAGGAAGAGGGUAUAAAUGUAGAUGACGUAGCUGCGGCCUUCAAUGAUUCUAAGGAAAACCUUGUGACAGAAAGGAAAGAGAAGCCCGUCUCUAUGAAUGCUUUUGAGCUCAUUUCGAGGUCACAGAGUUUCAAUCUUGACAGUUUGUUUGAGAAAGAGAUGGGUAUUGUGAAGCGAGAAACACGAUUUACUUCUCAGCGGCCUGCACAUGAAAUUAUAUCUAAAAUUGAGGAAGCUGCCAAACCAUUGGGAUUCAAUGUUCACAGGCGAAACUACAAGAUGAAGCUUCAAGGCGACAAGAGUGGAAGGAAGGGGCACCUCUCUGUGGCUACUGAGGUUUUUGAAGUGGCACCAUCAUUGCACAUGGUCGAGUUGCGGAAGACCGGGGGUGAUACACUGGAGUUUCACAAGUUCUACAAAAACUUCUCGUCAGGUUUGCAAGAUGUGGUCUGGCAAGCUGAAGGGAAGAAUGAAGGUAAAACAGAAGCUCAAAAUGAAGGAAAAAUUGAACAAUCAAGGUAGUGAGUGUGUAAACUUAUCGUGGUUCACUGAAGGCAUGAGUUUUUGGCCAGUGCCCGAGCAUGUAUCAGUUGGAAUGGACUAAGUUGAUGUUUGAAAGGAGAAACAGUAUUGGCCCACACAAUUAGUGGGCGUAUUGUUGCAGUCACAUUGGGCAUUUAAACUUUUAUUAUUAGCUCUAUCAAGUGUGGAUAGCUCGAUCAUGCCCAGGAGACUGGAAAGAGGUUUUGGCUGCCUUUCUGGUUGAUGAAUGUACAAGUAUUUGCAUAUAGCCUUGUGUAAAGUGUUCAUGCACCAUUUUCAUUGUCUCACCAUUGCAAAACACUGUUAGCUUUUUCUUUUGUUUUUUUCUUGAAUUUAAAAACUAUGGGUAUAAUAGUACUAACGAAAACUAUGAUGACAAUUUUUUUUCUUUUAGUACUGUACCCAUAGUUAACACUUUUCUGGUUCUAUUUAUAAAAUAGAAAGAGAAUGUUUUUUGUUUUA